AUGCGUUCUGAGGCGCCCCCACUCAAUGCUAACUUAGUUCGGCAAUAUUUUGUCGUUCAAGUUGCUCGUAAAUUGAAAAAGCCGGAUUCUUCUCCUAUCGGAUGGCUUAUCACCAAGACAUUUUUCAAACAUUCAAGUGCGUCUUUAGCAGCUGCCGCCGUGGAGCAUUGCAACUUACGGCCUGGACAAGAUGUUCUCGAGAUUGGAUAUGGAAUCGGCCUUGGUAUACAGCUCGCAGCAAAGCGGGUGGCACCCUUGACUGUGGAAUACCAUAGCAGACACAACACAUGGAAGCGGUUUUGGGAUCGCAAGCGGGGGGAACCGGUUUCCUUUCCCGAAGAUGGGCACGUGGAUGGCAUUGAUAUUUCUGAUUACAUGUUGAAGAAGGCUUCACGUCUCAACCGAACCCUCAUUAAAUCUGAAGUCGUCAAUCUGCGGCUAUCCAGCGUGGAACAUUUGCCACUGCUAGCCAACACCGUGGAUGCUUGUUUCCAUGUGAACAGUUUCUACUUUUGGGAAAGUUUGCCUAAAGGACUUCACCAAAUUUGGCGCGUACUCCGUCCCGACGGUCGUCUGGUCACCACAUUCUGUCCGUUUUGGAUAAAACGUUUUAAUGAACUUGGAUUAUUUCGGUAUGCGCGGGCGGAUCCUAUCGCGUAUGCCCUCGCCCUGGAGGCGUGCGGCUUCGACCGGAUCGAAUGGCUUAAGGGUCAAGUUUGGCCUGGUUAUGAUGUCCCAUACGAUGCUAUCAUCGCUCACAAGCCUGUGACGAGUCUUCUCACUUCUCCCACUACUUCGCAAGACACUUGCUGAAUCGCUGUGUUUGAUUGGGAUCAUUUCCCUCUUUUCUUGUUCCACUGGUUGUGCUUUGUCAAAGCUGUUCUCGCCAUUAUUGAUUCACCUAAACAACGGUGAUUUCACCUCAGCGAUCCGUUCAGCAUAACGCAAGCCCAGCUACUGCACUCUCCUGACAGUGAAUCCUACUACCGCCUAUCUGUAUUGACACAUUGAUGUUCUUACGAACUUCAAGGGAGACCAAAAAGUGCCACUCUAUUUACUACUCCGCACCACGUCUUUGGAAUGGCAUUGCAUGCCAUGCGUUGUCUCGUCGGAGUAUCCUUGUUGCCCCUUCCCGUAUCGUGUUUUGGUGUGCCUAAAACACCCAACUUCCUCAAAAACAAUGGAGUGUUUGCGUCACCACCAAACUUAGGUCGAUUGUAUCACGGAAUUAUUUUUCUUCAUUCUCCCAGAUUCCCGCUCGACGCUACCAAAGAGCUUUGAACCCGCGUUACAUGCUGUUCAUCGAUCACCUCCUCCGUUUGAAAUUAGGAUUUUUUUGCAUUUUCGGCAUUUUUUCCAAUUGACCAUCAUUGUAAUUAAUGUACAUACCAUAUUGCUUGUUGUGAAAUGUUCUCAAUUAUUAUCCAGUAGCCUUUCGGGUAUCC